CUGCGUGGCAGGCCGGGCUCCGCGGCCUUCACAUCUUUUUGUCUGAGAACUGGGUCCUCUGCCGCUCUACAGUGUGUGCGAUAGCCUCGGAGCUGCGUCCGUAGCACACUGUCAAACCACUCCAAACGAACACAGCCGCGACCAAAAGCACUAAUUGAGCACCUUCCGCCAUGGCGCUUCUAACCUACCGGUAAAUCGGCCGUGUUUUGGACUGCUCGAGGGAACUUAGUCCGAGCUUGUAUCGGGUUUGCUCUCUGUGUGCAUCAGUCUUUAUUAGCGAGCUGCCGCUCUCCUUGCUACCAGCUAUUUCUUUAACUUUUUAAACACUCGGCUCGGCGAAUGACUGAGCGCCGGCGGAGUAUGGGAUCCUUGGUGUCUUAGGAAGCGACUGAAGUGGGGUUCGAGCGUUUUUGCGUGCAAAAACAAUGGCAAAUUCGACGGGGAAAAAUCUCCUAGAUCAGCGAAGGAAAGGACAGGCUUUCCUGGACGAGCUGCGGCAAUUUCACCAAAGCAGAGGAUCGCCGUUCAAGAAGAUUCCUAUCGUGGGUGGGAAAGAGCUGGAUCUGAAUGCUCUCUAUAUCAGAGUCGUCUCUUUAGGUGGAUUCGCGAAGGUGUCUGACAAAAACCAAUGGGCAGAACUUGGAGAAGAGUUUAACUUUCCGAGGAGUUGCUCCAACGCAGCAUUCGCUUUAAGACAGUACUACCUACGAUACCUGGAGAAGUACGAGAAGGUCCACCACUUCGGCGAGGACGAUGAAGAGGCUCAGCCGGGGAAUCCCAAAGCCUUCCUUCCAGUCGGUGCAAUCCCCAGCUCCUACAACUACCAGCAGCACGUUGUAUCAGACUAUCUCCGCCAAAGUUAUGGGCUGUCUACGGACUUCACCCAGCCGUGCGACUACAACAAACUGGUGCUCUCGCUGCUCUCGGGCCUACCCAACGAAGUGGACUUUGCCGUUAACGUUUGCACGCUGCUCUCCAACGAGAGCAAGCACGCCAUGCAGCUGGACAAGGACCCCAAGCUGGUCACGUUGCUGCUGGCCCACACUGGCGUCUUCGACGACUCUCUAGGCAACUUCUCUACGGUGUUUGGGACAGACUGGAAGGAGAAAACCUCGCGCGACUUUGUUAGGUUCUGGAAGGAGGUGGUGGAGGACACCGAGGUCAGAGAGCUGAUCUGGGACAAGAGCAGCUCAGCACAAGAUGGUACGUUCCGGGAGGACCACUGGCAGAGUCUCUUCCACCCGCCGCGGAACCCAGGCACCAGUGACAUGGAGGCCCAGCGGGUGAUGCAGGUCGCCGUCAUCCUGCGAAACCUCUCCUUCGAGGAGGCCAACGUCAAGCUGCUGGCGGCCAACCGAACGUGCCUGCGCUUCCUUUUGCUCUGCGCCCACUGUAACCUCAUCUCACUCCGACAGCUCGGGCUCGACACGCUGGGCAACGUGGCUGCUGAGCUCCAACUGGAUCCCGUCGAUUUUCGGACGACGCACCUGAUCUUUCACACCAUCACCAAAUGCUUGAUGUCCAGGGACAGGUUCCUCAAAAUGAGAGCUAUGGAGAUCCUGGGUAACCUGAGCAAAGCGGACGAUAACGGCGUGUUGAUCUGCGAGUAUGUGGACCAGGAGUCGUACAGGGAGGUGAUCAUGCUCCUCACUCUGCCGGACCUCAUGCUCCUCAUGGCCUCCUUGGAGGUUCUGUACCUGCUGGCCCAACUGGGAGAGAUUCCUUGCAGCAAGAUCGCGUCGGUUGACCACAGCAUAGACCUGUUGGUGCGGUUGGUGUCGGUAGACCUCCACACGUUUGGGCCCGACGCCCUGACGGCAGUGCGGUUGAUCGAGCACCAGGCCAAUGCCGAGCAGGCCGCCGAGGUCCGACCGCAGCUGGUGGAGCAGGUACCUGCAGCGGUGCAGGGGGCGACGGCACCGGUAACAAGAGUCCCUGUUCAGUCCAACGUACCACCACCUGGUAUCGUUGAACUAGAUGGGGAGAAGUUUACGCUGCAGUGGCUGAACGCACACUUUGAGACGAACCCCGAGGGCUCGGUUUCACGAUCCGAAAUGUACUCCGAGUACCUGGCUACAUGCAGCAAAAUGGGACGCGGCAACAUCUUGAACUCCACCGGCUUCCUAAAAUGCCUGCGGACGGUGUUCCCUAACCACACUAUGAGGCGGCAAGACGAGGCAAAAGCGAGCAACCCGCUUCAGAUCCUCCUGGUGGGUAUAAGGCGAAGAGCGAUCCCUCUCCCCAUCCAGCUGUACUACCAGCAAACCCAGCAGCAACACCAGAACCCGGCCGCAGCUCCUCCACCUCCAGUAGCUCGACACGAAGCACCUGGAGAUCCUCAAGCUCCACCACCAGGGUUACCGCCAGGACAUCCUAAUCCUGGACCACAGUUCGUGCGGUCGCUUGGUGUCUCUAAUAGCGCCCCACCCAUGGCCUCGCCCGCACAGGAAAGUUCUCGUGUAAACCACCCAGCUGUUCCCCGUCACCCUGGUCCCCCACAGGCGUCGCCACAGUUACCCCCAACCCUGGUCCGAACAGCUCCAGGGGUACAGAUCACAACGUCCGCUGCGGCCGCCCAGAAUCACAGCCCACAGAAUCCGGCGCCCCCUCCCGUGCCUCAGCAGCAGCACUCUCCCAUGCUCCCCACAGGAGCUCCCGUCACGCUAUUUCAGCCAGUACCACAAGGCCACAUCCUCACCGCCCGGGUACAAGGUGUGUGCUCCCAGGUCACCCAGCAACCACCUCUGCCUCAAACCCUCCCCGUCUCUGGGCCUCAGGGUGGAGCCCCCCAGGUUGACGCCCAGUGUACUGCUACAGUUUCAGGACCCCCUUCCAUCCAGGUGGGAGGCAGCCAGGCUGUAGGGAUAAUGGGCGUGGCCAACUCCCAAGGUUCUCGCGUAACAUUUCAAAAUAUUGCUCCCAAACCAGCACCAAACCAGUCAGGUGGGCCAACAGCCACGUUAGCCCCUCCCAACCAGCAGCCUCAGUCUCAACAGAGCGUAGUAAUAGUCAGUCCCAAUCCCCAGCAGAAUGCAGCCUACACCCCAGCCAUACACCAGAUUGUUCUUGCCAACCCCUCCUCCAUUCCCGGUGCCCAGACUGUCCAGAUAGCGGGGCAGCCCGGAGCUGCUUCCAGUCCCUGCUCACCUGCUGCCUCUCACUCAAAUACCCAGGUCCAGUCCAAUCAAGCUGUCAGCCACGCACUGUCCACGAUACGGCAACAGCAGCAGCAGCCGCUGCCUCCUCUCCAAAUCAUAUCCCAAACUCCUCCCACUCAACCUACCUCCACUGAAUCCAGCUUGAUCAAACAGCUACUGCUUCCAAAGCGAGGGCCUUCUACCCCGGGAGGGAAGUUGAUCCUGCCUGCCCCACAGGUCCCCCUUCCAAACAACACGAUAGCCCCCAACCCACAGGUCAUCUACCAGAACCCCUCUCCUCAGCCGGUCAGCGUCCAGCUGGUCCCUGGCCAGCUUCCUGCUGCAGGUGCCCCGCCCCUCCAGGCGGUCCAGCUGCUGCCAGGGCAGCUCAUCUCCACCAGUACGCCGGGCGGAGCUGCCAUCAUCCAGGCCCCCACAGCAGCUGGACAAGUCACGUUCACCGUGGUCCCCAACACUGGCUUCACCACCUCUGCUGCUGCCGUCGCCGCCGUCAGCCAGGGCGCUGUGGCUCCAGGUGUCCCGCCACCGCCGUUUUCUACUGGAACAGUCCCCCAUCACGUCUCGACAGGUGCACCGCUCCCACCGCCACUGCCGGCUCCCCUCAGAGGAGACAAGAUUAUUUGUCAGAAGGAGGAAGAGGCCAAGGACGCCACAGGGCUGCAUAUCCACGAAAGGAAGAUAGAGGUGAUGGAGAACUCUUCGUUGGCAGAAGGAGACCCUUCGAACAACAAAACGAGGAACGGGGACGUCGCAGCAGGUGCCAAGCUACUAAACGGUGGGAAGUGCGUGGAGCCGAAUCUACCUCCAUAUCACUCAGGGAACAGCCAGGGAGUACUCAACGGCCCGGUAACGGAGAGCCUCUCCUCCAACGGGAAGCAGGCUCUCUCUCCAGGCCCAAACGCCCCUCUCGAGGGCAACGCCGACCCCAAAAAGACCCUGGUCAACGGGGUGUGUGACUUUGAGCGGGGCGAUAGCGGUGGCAACUUUAACAAAAACAUUCCAAAUCACAUUGCUUCCAAACAGUACUUGGGGAACGGGGAGGUGGGCGCCUCUGAAAAGACUUCAGAUCAGAGUCUUCCCAGUCCGCCCCCUCCCCAGCAGGACACUGCCAAAGCCCAGCAGGCCGAGCGCCUGGCCAACGGACCCCAGGCUGCAGCUCACCGGCCGCCCUCGGAACUAACCAACGGACCUCUGGGGCCGGCGCUGGGGCACGGCACGCCUGUGCUCAGACAGCAACUGCUCCCCAACUCCUCGCUGCCCUGCGCCGUCACUUCGCAGAAUCCCGCCGCCUCUCCGGCGAACGGCGUGGCCUCAGAGCCCCGGGGCCUCAAGAGGCCCGCCGAGAACGACGAGCGUGGCCCGACGGCGGUGGCGACUUCCUCCGGGAUCCCCAGCAAGGUGGGAGUUCGGAUCAUCACCAUCAGCGACCCCAACAACGCCGGCAGCAGCGCCACCAUGGUGGCGGUGCCGGCAGGAACGGACCCAAGCACAGUAGCCAAAGUAGCAAUAGAGAACGCCACUCAGCAGAGGAACUGCUCGCCUACACAAGCAGCUGGCGCCACGCCGACUGCCACCCCGCCCCCAGCUCCCUCCUCGCAGCCGGCAGCAGCAGGCAACCACAGUCCGCACCUCCCAGCGCAGCAGACCCCCACGUCGCCGACGGAACCGGGCAGGAAAGCAGGGCAGCACUUCAAGUGUCUGUGGCAGUCGUGUAAACGGUGGUUCGAAACGCCGUCUCAAGUGUUUUACCACGCAGCAACGCAACACGGAGGAAAAGAAGUGUAUGGAGGGCAUUGUCUGUGGGAGGGAUGUGAACCUUUCCCCCGGCAGAGACUGUCCUUC